GAAGUGUAAAACACAGGGGAACCCGUGGUGAGUAUCCCCUUUCUCCUCUUGAAAAUUUGAAAGGACAAAGGGACAAAAGUAUCCCCUUUCUCCCCAACACUACCAAACCCCUCUCCACAAUGCAGUCCACACUCUUCUCUCCCACCUCUCACUCCCUCAUCCCCACUUCUCCUCAAGCUCUCAGAUCCCACUCUCGCGCUCUCUCCGUCCGCGCCUCCGUCGCAGCGGACUCUCCACCGCCCGCCGCCGUCAAGCUCAACAAGUACAGCUCGCGCAUCACCGAGCCCAAGUCGCAGGGCGCCUCGCAGGCCGUCCUCUACGGCGUCGGCCUCUCCGAUGACGACAUGGCCAAGCCCCAGGUCGGCGUCUCCUCCGUCUGGUACGAGGGCAACACCUGCAACAUGCACCUCCUCCGCCUCUCCGAGGCCGUGAGGGACGGCGUCGCCGCCGCUGGCAUGGUGCCCUUCCGCUUCAACACCGUCGGCGUCAGCGACGCCAUCUCCAUGGGCACCAGAGGCAUGUGCUACAGCCUGCAGUCCAGGGACCUCAUCGCCGAUAGCAUUGAGACCGUUAUGGCUGCGCAGUGGUACGACGCUAACAUUUCCAUCCCCGGCUGUGACAAAAAUAUGCCCGGUACCAUCAUCGCUAUGGGAAGGCUCAACAGACCUAGUAUUAUGGUUUAUGGCGGGACUAUAAAGCCCGGUCAUUUUCAGGGUAAUUCGUUUGACAUAGUGUCUGCCUUUCAGUGCUAUGGAGAAUACGUGAGUGGAUCAAUAAGCGAAGACCAAAGACAAAGUGUUAUUCGCAACUCUUGCCCUGGUGCUGGGGCCUGUGGUGGCAUGUAUACAGCCAAUACCAUGGCUUCUGCAAUAGAAGCUAUGGGAAUGUCUCUUCCCUAUAGCUCAUCUACACCUGCUGAGGAUCCAUUAAAGUUGGACGAGUGUCGAUUAGCUGGGAAAUAUCUUCUUGAGUUACUGAAGAUGGACUUGAAGCCCCGAGAUAUCAUCACUCGUAAAUCACUACGUAAUGCAAUGGUUAUAGUUAUGGCACUUGGUGGAUCUACUAAUGCUGUGUUACACUUAAUUGCUAUUGCCAAGUCCGUUGGCAUUGAUUUGACUCUUGAUGAUUUUCAGAAGGUUAGCGAUGAGGUUCCUUUUCUUGCAGAUCUUAAGCCUAGUGGGAAAUAUGUCAUGGAAGACGUUCACAAGAUUGGAGGGACCCCAGCAGUUAUACGCUACCUUCUUGAGCAAGGCUUUUUAGAUGGUGACUGUAUGACUGUCACUGGAAAGACCUUAGCUGAAAAUGCAGAACUUGCCCCUCCUUUGUCCAAAGGGCAGGAAAUAAUAAGGCCAAUAGAAAAUCCCAUCAAGAAGACAGCUCACAUUCAAAUAUUAUAUGGAAACCUUGCACCAAAUGGUUCUGUCGCCAAAAUUACUGGAAAAGAAGGGCUGUACUUCUCAGGUCCUGCACUUGUGUUUGAAGGAGAGGAGGCAAUGAUUGCUGCCAUUUCAGAGGAUCCUUCAAGCUUUAAGGGAAAAGUGGUUAUAAUUAGGGGAGAGGGACCGAAGGGUGGACCAGGCAUGCCUGAGAUGUUAACACCAACAAGUGCAAUAAUGGGUGCAGGGCUCGGAAAGGAAGUCGCGUUGUUGACUGAUGGAAGAUUUUCAGGAGGUUCACAUGGAUUUGUGGUUGGCCAUAUAUGCCCUGAAGCACAGGAAGGUGGUCCUAUUGGCUUGAUUCAAAAUGGAGACAUAAUCAAUGUUGACAUCCAGAAGAGGAGAAUUGAUGCUUUGGUAUCAGAUGAGGAGAUGGAGGCACGCAGGAAAAAGUGGAUUGCUCCUCCAUACAAAGCUAACCAAGGAGCUCUGUACAAGUAUAUUAAAAAUGUGAAACCUGCUUCUAGCGGAUGUGUGACAGACGAGUAGAAAGGUCAUACUUCUUGCAGAGUAAAAGCUGAUUGGUUGUAUGCCUUACCAGCGUUUUGAUGAGGUAUUACUAUUUUGGCAUAAAACGGUGCAUUUUUAAGUAGCUGAAUGUAUCCUCUUUUUUUUUUGGCUAUUUUAUUUUAGACUUGAAUGGCAGGGCACCACCUGUCUUUUCUGUCGCCGUGUUUAAUUUUGUCAUAUAUAUAUUUUUUUUAGUUAUUACAUUUUGUAUUAGUGGUGAAAUUUUGUAUUUUAGGUUUCCAGAACAAGUUGGCAAAAUUUAAUCAGUGGAAUUGAAUUACUGCAAUUGAUUAGUUAACUAUUUAUGAUUUUC